AUGAAGAUUAUUGAUAAGAUCAACGCCGCCAUCGAGGAGAAGCGCACCAUGUUCUCCUUCGAGUACUUCCCGCCCAAGACCGAUGAAGGCGUGAUCAACUUGUUCGAGCGACUCGAUCGCAUGGCCUCGUUCGAGCCGGAGUGGAUUGAUGUGACGUGGGGUGCCGGCGGCAGCACGGCACAGAAGACUCUGGAGAUUUGCGCCACCGCCCAGAAGUAUUGCGGCCUGGAGACCAUGAUGCAUCUCACCUGCACCAACAUGCCGCGUGCCGAGAUCGACGACGCCCUCCGCCAAGCCAAGGCCGCCGGCAUCCAGAACAUCCUUGCCCUCCGCGGCGACCCUCCCCGAGGCGAAGAGUGGAAGAAGGUCGAGGGAGGCUUUGCCCACGCGGCCGACCUGGUGCGCUACAUCCGGGCCGAGUACGGCGACUUCUUCGGCAUCUGCGUUGCCGGCUACCCCGAGAUGCACCUCGACUCGGAGAGCCGCGACAAGGACCUGGAGCACCUGAAGGCCAAGAUCGACGCCGGUGCCGAUUUCAUCAUCACGCAGCUCUUCUACGACACCUCGCUCUUCCUCAAGUUUGUCAACGACUGUCGUGCCCUCGGCAUCAACUGUCCCAUCAUCCCCGGUAUGAUGCCCAUCCAGACCUACGGCGGAUUCAGGCGCAUGACCAGCCUUUGUAAGACCUUCAUCCCCGAGCACAUCAACAAGGCCCUCGAGCCCAUCCAGGACGACGACUCGGCGGUGAAGAAGUACGGCGUGGACCUGUGCGUGCAGAUGUGCCGCGACCUGCUGGCUGCCGGCACGCCCGGCGUUCACUUCUACACGCUCAACCUCGAGAAGGCCGUCACCCAGAUCCUCGAGGACCUCGACCUCAUCGCCGCUUCUCGCCCCUCCCGCGCCCUCCCCUGGCGUUCCUCUGCCUACACCAACCGGAAGGAGAAGGAGGACGUGCGCCCCAUCUUCUGGGCCAACCGACCCCGAUCGUACAUGUCUCGUACGGCGUCGUGGGACGAUUUCCCCAACGGCCGAUGGGGCGACUCGCGGUCGCCGGCGUUCGGCGAGCUGAAGGACUGGCACUUGGGCUCGAUGGCGCCGCCGAGGAGCAACUACAGCAAGCAGUGGGGCGUGGCGCCCGAAAAGGUGGAGGACAUCAUCAACGUGUUCGUGGGCCACUGCGAGGGCAAGGUCACCCGCCUGCCCUGGGUCGACACCGCCAUCGCGGCCGAGACGUCGGUCAUCCAGCAGCAGCUCAUGAAGAUCAACCGCGCCGGCUUCCUCACCAUCAACUCCCAGCCGCGCGUCAACGCCGCCGACUCGUCCGACAAGCUCUUCGGUUGGGGCGGCCCUGGUGGCUAUGUGUACCAGAAGGAGUACCUCGAGUUCUUCUGCUCGCCGGAGAACAAGGACAAGCUGCUGGCCCAGAUGGUCAACUUCCCCACCCUCUCCUACCACGUCGUCAACGUCAAGGGUGAGUCCGUCGCCAACACCAAGGGCACCGCCGCCGUCACAUGGGGCGUCUUCCCCGGCAAGCCCACGGUGGUGGAUGCUGCGGCGUUCCUCGUGUGGAAGGACGAGGCCUUCACGCUGUGGGAGACGCAGUGGGGCAAUGCCUACGAGGAGGGCUCGGUCUCGCGUGAGCUGAUCAAGGAGAUCCACGACACCUACUUCCUCGUCAACAUCGUCGACAACAACUUCAUCUCGGGCAACCUCUUCGACAUCUUCGACAAGGUCAUCGACGCCUCCACGCCCAGCGUCGUCUAA